AUGCUGACUCCUCCGUUCUCCGACGUGAGCCGCAGCCCCCGCUUCCAUGUCGCUAUCAUCGGAGGCGGCAUCACAGGCGUGACCUUGGCCCUCGGGCUGCAGGCACGCGGUGUAUCCUACACGCUGUAUGAGCGUGCUCCCUGCUUCAAAGAAAUUGGUGCCGGUGUGGGCUUCAGUCCCAACGCCGAGGCGGCGCUCAAGGCCGUGGACCCUGAGAUUCAUGCUGCGUAUAAGCGGGUUGCGAUGCCCAAUGGCGAGGACUGGUUCCAGUGGGUAGAUGGCUAUUCAAGCGAUGAGGUCGGGUACAAGCUCUAUCUGGGAGAGCAAGGCUUUCAAGGAUGUCGGAGGAGCGACUUUAUCGAUGAACUGGCUGAGUUGAUGCCCAUGAAGAAUGUGAGGUUUGGUCGGGUGGUUGAGAGGGUGGAAGAACUGGCCGACGGAAUGAUGAGAAUACACUUUGGGGACGGCACAGUUGGUGAAGCUGAUGUUGUGAUCGGCUGCGACGGCAUACGCUCUCGCGUCCGCCAACUUAUACUGGGAGAGGACAACCCAGCAUCUCAUCCCUCCUACACCAAGCAAUUCUGCUUCCGCGGGCUGGUACCUAUGGACAAAGCUCGGAAAACUUUGAGCGAGUACAGGGCGUCUACCAGAUUCAUGUACAAUGGCCCUGGGGCACACGCCAUCACGUACCCAGUCUCACCAGAGCUGCUCAAUGUCCUCCUUGUGAUCUCGGAUUCCAACCCCUGGAGCACCACGGAUGGGCGGCACACAGCACGCGGGCGCAAGAAAGAGGCACUUGAGGCGUUCAAAAACUGGCACUCUUCCGUCCGCGCCAUCAUCGACCUUAUGCCCGAUGACAUGGACAAGUGGGCCAUCUUCGACAUGCUGGAGCACCCAGCGCCAUUCUAUUCCAAGGGCGCCGUGUGCAUCGCCGGCGACGCCGCGCACGCCACGGGGCCGCAUCUGGGCGCAGGCGCCGGGUUCGGCAUCGAGGACGCGCUCGUGCUGUCCGAGUUGAUGGAAGCCGUGGACCGGGCGGCCAGGAUGAAGGGCGGGAAGCCCCGCGCCCAGAUCUGCCGCGAUGCGCUCAGUGUGUACAACGACGUGCGAUAUGAGCGGACGCAGUGGCUCGUUGGGCGCACGAGGGAGGCGUGCGAUCUUUUCCAGUGGCGUGACAAGGACGUAGGGAAGGAUUUCGAGAAGUUUGGGAAGGAGAUCACUUGGCGCUUCCACCAGAUCUGGGAGUACGACCUCGACAAGAUGGUCGAGGAUGCAAUUCAGGGGCUCAAUAGCAAGGUCAAGUCCAAUGGCCUUCUUACCCCUGACUGA